AUGAAAAACGAAAACCACAACUCAAAUACCACAAAAAAGCCUGAAUAUAUUGUUGGACCAUGGUCUGAAGAGGAAGAUAAAAGAUUGCAGGAAUUGUUUUCGAUCUAUGAUAAACAAUGGCACUUAAUCUCUCUCGCUCUUAAAGAAACUCGCAGCUACAAACAAAUUCGCGAAAGAUGGGUGAAUCACUUGGAUCCAAAACUUAACAAAGAUCCGUUAAGUGAUGAGGAGAAACAAAUGAUACUUCGCUUGUACGACGCAAUGGGUCCCAAAUGGGCGCUAAUAGCUAAAACGUUACCGGCGCGAGGGCGCACCCCCCUAAUGAUUCGGAAUUUCUGGUAUAGCGAACAACGAACCGAGUCAACACGUAUUCAAGCGAAAAUGUCUAUUGAAGCUAUCCUAAAUAAUGAUCCACAACCCAAUAAAAAUCUAGUUAUACGUAAUAAACGACGAAGGACGAAUUCAAUGACACGAUGA